UUUGAUUACUCUCGUAUCAAAACUCAAAAUAAAUAAAAAUAAAUUGUUAAUUAAUACACAUUUUUUUUAUUGUGUAUUAAUUCCGUUUUUUUUUCAUUUGACCAAAAUCAAUUGAUUCUUAGUGAACAAUUACUAACUGCAAGGGUAUAGAAGUUAAGCCGAAGUUAAUUUAUUUCCUUAUCUUGUUUGUUAUUCAAUUGAUUUAAUAGAAAUAAUACAUUUUACGUAAUUGAUAUAGGGGUAAAUUUUAAUUUACUAACAAGAAAUAAAUUUUUUAAAAGUACAAACUAUGGAAAAAAAGUAAAAAAUGCAUCGGCCUAAUAUGGUGGUCCACAUAAAAAUGAAUGAUUUUUUUGUGUUUCAUUGCAUCUUUUAAAAAACGCAUUACAUACAAGUAUCAGAUUUAUUUUUUGUUGUUAAUUGAGCAAAUACACAUACAUUAAUAAAAGACUUUCUAGCUUUUUUUAACAGGUUAGAAUUGGUUCCUAUAUAAUGUAUUAUUGGAGUAAUAAAGCAGCGCAGAGCCAACAAAUGCAGUUACAAAAGAUCCUGCCACUGACUCAACUAUUCGAUAUUGAAAAUUUAAAAAGCACAAAACAUUUCAAUGCUGAACUUAGUAAUAAUAAUAAUCAAAAAUACUUAGAGGAUGAAACUAGCAUUGAUAAAGCAAAGCUGUAUUUCGUUCAAAGUGGAAUAUUGGGACCAAAUACUUUUAAAGAGUCAAGUGACUUGAUAAGAAAAACAUCAACUAUUCAUGCUGAUACGUGCCUUAGAAACCAGAUCCGGAGGACGUCAUUGUGUCUACGUUCGAGAGUAGCUAGCGAAAGAAUGAAGAGUUAUGAUGAUACCCUUAUUGUUCUUAAAGCCGAAAUAAACUUAAUGAGAAGGACCUUAGACCAAGGAGAGAUUAAAAUUAUUACCCUACGUACUGAAAUUGGAAAGCUAAAGCGCUUACUGCAAAAGAUAAUGCAUGUUCAGAUGGAAGACUGUCGUAAUCACACAGAAGAAACUUUAAUAAUUCAGAGUCCAAUGCCGGGUCUAUGUUUAUUUUGUCAACAAAAAUAUAGUACUUCAGUAAAAUGAUCAGCGUAAAUAGUAUUGAUCAUAUAAUAAUAAUAGUAAAUAGUAGUAAAAGCAAGAAAGAAAGAUUACAAUGGAUACAAUAAAAAAAAAUAACAAAAAACAUA